CCUCUUUGCUCUCUUCCGCCCGGCCGGCCGCGGAGGGCGCCGCAGUGACGAUGACGACGACAAACCCGCGGUGCGCGUGCGCGUGCCGGGCAGGACGCGCGCCCGCCCGCUAACGACGCGUGAUCCCGCGGAGAGUGCAAUACCGUUUCUUCCUCUGGAUGGGAGCAUGCUCUCUUCCUCAGAAGAUGGUCACCUUGAAGUAUGAUCAUGGAGAAGGGGAUAAGCUCGGUGGACGUUUUACCCUCCCGGUCCUCCCCGGCUGCCUCAGUCCGGGCCCUGGUGAAAGAACACGAAGCGAAGCAAGCCCAGAAAGUGAGGCGGGUCGGAUUUGUACUUGUACACGCAGGCGCAGGGUAUCAUUCUGAAUCCAAAGCCAAAGAAUAUAAGCAUGUGUGCAAACGAGCUUGUCGGAAGGCGAUCGAAAAGCUACAAGCUGGUGCCCUCGUAACGGACGCAGUGACCGCCGCGCUGGUUGAACUAGAGGAUUCACCCUUUACAAAUGCAGGAAUGGGGUCUAACCUGAACCUUCUGGGCGAGAUAGAAUGCGAUGCCAGCAUUAUGGACGGGAAGUCGCUAAAUUUUGGAGCGGUCGGAGCGCUCAGCGGAAUCAAGAAUCCUGUUUCCGUCGCGAACCAAUUGCUGUGUGAAGGACAGAAGGGGAAACUCUCAGCUGGCCGGAUUCCACCUUGUUUUUUGGUUGGCGAAGGAGCGUUCCGAUGGGCAGUCGAUCACGGGAUCCCAGCCUGUCCCCCAGGUGUCAUGGCUACACGACUUAGCUUAGCAGCGUUCAAGAGGAACAAGAGGAAACUGGAACUGGCUGAAAAGGUGGAAACGGAUCUUUUUCAGCUGAAGAAAAGACGACAAUCAAGUGAAAAGGAGAAUAACUCAGGAACCCUGGACACCGUUGGGGCAGUCGUGGUGGACCAAGAGGGAAACGUUGCUGCUGCGGUUUCCAGCGGGGGCUUAGCCUUGAAGCAUCCCGGAAGAGUUGGUCAGGCGGCUCUUUACGGAUGCGGCUGCUGGGCUGAAAAUACGGGAAUCCAGAACCCUUAUUCUACAGCUGUGAGUACCUCAGGUUGUGGAGAGCACCUUGUACGGACCUUGCUGGCCAGAGAAUGUUCGUGCGCUUUGCAAAACGAAGACGCUCACCAGGCUCUGCUCGAAACUAUGCAAAACAAGUUUAUUAGUUCACCUUUUCUAGCCAAUGAGGACGGCGUUCUUGGAGGAGUGAUAGUCCUUCGAUCUUGUCGCUGCUCGGCGGAAGCUACCUCCUCCCCGGAUAAGCAGUCCCUGCUGGUAGAAUUCCUGUGGAGCCACACGACCGAGAGCAUGUGUGUGGGCUACAUGUCAGCACAGGAUGGGAAAGCUAAGACUCACAUUUCAAGACUUCCGCCGGGAGCCGUGGCAGGGCAGUCCGUGGCAAUCGAAGGAGGGGUAUGUCGGCUGGAGAGCCCGGCGAGCUGAGGCGUACUUCACCUGCGCAACCGAGAGAGAGAGAGCGCACGCAAUGCCGUUUUGUAUAAUAAGCUCCUUUUUUGGUGUGUUUUAACAGAUGUCGAGGAUUUCACUCUCGUUUUAUACUCCUUAUUGCAACCCACGUGCGCCCUUACCUUUGAACCAUGUGCUGCUUUAGCUUUAUAUCCUAACACCUCCAUGUGAAUGUAUGCAAAUUCGUCUUAUCGGUGGAAUCGAUUACUGCUUUGCCUGGCUGGUAGGGAUAAUUUAAACGUUUAAGAAAAUAUUUUUAUGUCUUAAUCGGUGAGCAUAUAAGACGACGGUGCCCUGAGAUCAGGGGAAAUGGUUUUUAAAAUGUGCGGUCGUCGAUGUUGCUUUUACCUUUGGGGGAAAUGCAAACUUCCGAGCGAGGUGGAAUACACAAGUGAUCGAACGUGCUUUUUGUUAUUUUACGGUUUUGGAGGGGCCAGCAGCAACUAAUAGUACAAUCCUAAAGAGAUUUACUCCAGUCUAAGCCCAUUAAAAUGAAUAGGCUUAGAGUGGUGUAGCUCUCUUUAGGAUUGCACUGUAAAACACAUUUUUCUUUCCCAAACUACUUUUUUAAAAGUGUUUUUUUUGUUUGUGUUUUUGGACAAAGCGGUUGGUUUCAGUGAAACAAUUUAGUUAUGACCUGGCCUUUUAAUUUUAUUUUUUUUUGCUUUAUAAUUAGUUGGUGGUACUUUUGCAGCUUCAAUGUUCCAUAGCUUCAAGCUGUUACGUAUUAUGAAUGGCUCUGUAAAGAUAACGUGCAGUCAUAAAAGUCUUUUACUUUGUGUAUAAUGGGAUAUUGGAAUGUAAAUAAGAAGAAAGUUUAUGGAAAAAGUCAAUAUUAUUCUUUGGUUUAAAUAUAUUUUUGAGAGAAUGGUGCCGAAAUAAACACGCUAUUGCUGGAUGAAUAA